AUGGCUCUUGGUGGCUCUUCCGCAAUAUUUCCAAUGGGUGAAGGAGGUCGCCAGGUGUGUGAGCAACGUGGUGGUGACUAUAUUUCGAUGUUCAAAAGUCCACAAACCAGUGGCGUCCGUCCGUGCGGGUCGCUGCCUCUUGAGCGGCACCUUAGUCUCACCGGAUCCUCGCAAGGGAACCCUCCAGCUGAUACAGAGGGACUGUCCGUUCGUUGGUUGUUGAGGCCCUCUGGAGAAAAGAUGGAUGAAUUCAUACUGGGGAGAGAUGCCACACUGCAGCUUCUGCCAAAUCCCAAGGCCAGAGUUAUCGCUUUCAAAGCCAGCAACGGCCUGAAGCGUCUGUUUUGGCUCCAAGAGCCACGCGCUUCGGAAGACGCAGCCUUUAUCUCCAAAGUCCAGACGGCCAUCAGCAAGCAGCCAGCCAUUCCUCCUGCUUCCGCUGUUGUUGCGCUUUGCGCAGUGUCUCUGGCAAAAAUCCUUGACGCGGAGACCGUCGCUAUCCUGUCUGCGGAUUCGGAGGCUAUGGAGAAUCUCGCACAGCUCAUGCCGGAGGGUUUGCGGAGUGCCUCUGAGGCACUUGCUGCUCUCCGAUGCCCUCAGCUGGCUAUUUGUCUGUCAGGUCUUACGCAGGCAAUCUACACAGAUCCCCGUCCUAUCUUGUCCUCUAUGGGUAUACAUCUCUUUUCUGUGGCUGGUGCUGCCGGUGCUUGUCGUCAUUUGCGAUUUGCUGACCACCUGGUGCUUAGGGUUUGA